GGAAGGCUGAUGAGAAUCAGGAAAUGGAAAUCUGAGGAAGGAGACGAUUUCCUGUGAUAUCAGGGGAGGAAGGAGGAUGAGCUGGUUUCAUGCUGUGAAACUCCUCCUGUGAAACUGGGAAAAGAAGAAAACUAUGAUGUUCAGAAAGAGAAAGAAACUCACACUUACCUCACCAAAGAAGCUGUCAAGGAAAAAAUCCAAAUCUACAAUUCAGAUGUAACUGAUAAGCUAAAGAUGACCUUGAAUCCCUGUGGUGUAUACACUGGCUUUAUCAAAGUUCAGCUGGAGCUGUGCAGACCUAUCACGGUACGGGCUUCUGAGAAUCCAGGGAAGCACGUCAACAACAACAACAACAACGAGGCAGCUUUUUACUUGCCUAAAGGCUACAUUAAUACUCUUCAUAUCAGCAGCACGAACACUGUCCGUGAAGUUAUUGAGGCCUUGCUUAGAAAGUUUCUAGUAACUGAUAAUCCUGCCAAGUUUGCACUUUAUAAACGCUGUCACAAGGAAGAUCAAGUUUAUAUGUGCAAGCUCUCAGAAACAGAACAUCCGCUUUAUUUGCGGUUGGUGGCAGGCCCAAGAACAGACAUGCUGAGUUUUGUUCUACGUGAGCAUGAAACUGGAGAGGUUUUGUGGGAAGCCUUUAGCUUUCCUGAACUACAGAACUUCUUACGUAUACUGGAAAAAGAAGAAGAUGAACAGUUGCAGAUCUUAAAAAAACGCUAUGCAGCAUACAGAGACAAACUUGAAGAAGCCCUUGGUGGGGUUUGGAAACCAGGUUAAAAUGGAGCCAAAGAACACUCAGGAAAAUGUGCAUUACCAAAUAUUACGUAGCAUGCCAUACCUAGUACAGAAAGCAAGAGCAGUUGUCUCUUUAGUACAGUGACCAUUUUGUAAAGCCAAGGUUCCUUACCAUAGAGAUGGUCCCAUAAAUUGGCAUAUACAGUACCACGAUUUUUUUUAAAUGUUAAUUUGUAGCUUUGGGUUAAUGUGUAGUAAUGGGUGUGCAAAUUGAAUUUUAUUAUAAAUCCAAGCUCAGUUUUAAAUAAGAACUGGGGCAUUGUUUCACACUAAAAUGGAUUUUCACUACCUUUCUUCAAAUAUUUCUUAUGAUUUGCAAACAAAUUGUUUUUAUAUGUAGAAGGAAUGAAACAGGUUCCAAAUGUUGUAUAGAAGAUGUUAAGGCGAUCUUAAAUUGAAGAAGGUUAGAGGAGGUGUUGGAAAGAAGGUAAGAGGUGGAAAAGAGACAUGGAAUGUUAAAACGGAAAAGACGGGUUAUUGUGCAAGUCCAUUAUUCUGUUGAAAUGAAGGUUGAGAGUUAUGCUGUUUAGUAUUAUGGGAAUUAAUAUAUUCAAUACUGUAUUGAGAUAGGAUAUGCUAGAUAAAGUGGAAACAGAACCGCAUUUUCAGAAAUCAGAACUACUGGUUUAUCCAUAAAGGCUGUGUGUGGUAUGUGACAUGUUUUGGUCCCAGUCUUGUAUGUUCUUUAUGAUGUGCUUAAAUAAUUGGUUGAGGUUUUCUUUAGUAAAAAGUCAGCAUUAAAGAAUCCAUAGUUCUUUUAAUUCACUGAAUGUCUAAGGUGCAGUUUAAUGAUUUAGUAUGAACUUUUAAAAAAAAAGGCAUCACCCUCCUUGCUUUAUUUUAAAUCUGAAAUAAAAAGAGAAAUUCUUCCUUUUGCCUUUUCAAACCAUGCUAGGAGAAAAUGUUGUACUAAGCAUCGUACUCUGGGCAACUUGAGUUCUCUUCUGCUUUUGAUUUCUGCUUAAAUUAUAAAUGGUUCAAAAGCCGAAUAGGAUGCUGCUCAACAAGGUGCAAAUAUUUAUUUGGAGUAGGAGGAUUUUGCAUGUAACUUUUUUUCCAGAACUAUUUUAAAGUGUAUGUGAUAAGUGAAACCAAAGAAAUGGGUGUGCAAUACAAACCUUUUAUAUAAAUGUAUAGCAAGACUUGCUUUAAGUUUUAUGUUUUCAGCCACCCAGAAAAUAGCUGAUUGGGAUUACUUUUUAUUUAUAUAGUUUGAAGAAUCAUGAGCAGCAAUCUGCCUCCCACCAAUUAUUUGGGCAUUAAUUUUGAAAUUUCUGGGAAGUAUUUGGUAACCCCUGGUGGAUGUUAUAUGCAAUGCCAAGAUGAAUGUACUCUUGGAGAUCUGUGCCUUCAAGUUUGAGUGCUUCCCCUACCCUCAAAAUAGCAAGAUUUGAGGGAGAUAUCCCAGUUCCAAUUUUGCAAAGACAAUCUUGAUCUUUUUAAAGUUACUAGUCAAUUAAAAGUAAAAUUGGCUGUCAAUAAUCAAUGGCAUAUUUUGUUGGGGUUUUUAUUUCAUAUGAAACAUUGUAGUACGUAGUGUGUGACUUUAUUUGGAACACAAUCAGACGCAUAGACUAGUGGUGCAGGGAAUGCGGUUACAGCAGUUAGAAUUAUUUUCCUACAAAUGCUGUAGCAUGUCUGCGGCCUGGUGUAGAUUUAACUGCUCCCAUAUGCUGGCCACCAAAAGCUCUUAACCUGAUGAUGGAUGUGCUAACUUUUAUUACAUGCUGCUUCCUCUAUAUGUCAUCCUGUAAAGUACAACGAACGCACCCUAAUGGCACCACCUGGGAUACUGUUGCUGUAGUAAGAUAGGAUACUGUAGCCCGUAGUAAGGUGCAUGCCUUUAAAUGCUUCUUUUGUAUAAAGUAUUACCAUAGAUAAGGGCUUUUUGGUAUUUUGCAUGUUGAAGCAGAUAAGAUCUAAACCAGCCCUUUGAUUAACUUAAUUGUAUCCAUACCCUAACAAAUUCAAUGUUUGUAAUGAAAUAUUAAACAUUUGUUGCUCAGAAGUAAAUACAGUUUGAAUCUAGAAAUGGCAAUCUACAAGUAUGUGAAUUUUAAUUUUUACUUGAACUGUUGAUGUUUCUCUAUUCCCAAAUUCUCUCUUGGUGUUGUAUGCACUACCGUUUUAAGUAGGAAAAACAGACUUGGUAUUAAUCCAAAAGUUCUUAGCUUUUUUUAAAAAACACACACACUGAUUACUACAUCUGUGUGGUUUUGGGUUUUGUUUUUUUUAAUUUAAGAGAAUAUAUCAAUGGUGACCUAAGGUCAGCAUCUUUUUUCUUCUUUGUGGAAUUUAAUAUAAUCUUGUUUUAGUAUCAGAUUAUUUGUCAAAGAUGUUUUGCCGAACGUAUGUAUUGACUAUUUGGUGGUACCUGAAUGAAGAAUAAAUGAAAUGAGAGCAAUGCGAGAAACACUGAAAAACUAUGUUUUGCUUUUCUUUUUUAGAAAUUGUAUUAUUUAUUAUUUUAAAAGGGUUUUUUUAAAUAGAGAAACUUUAGUUGCCUUGCAGGUGUUACUAAAAUAGCAAGUUGUGAUUCUAUCAUUAAAGCUGAAGUUGAUACUGA